CUCUGGUUUACCGGCCUGUCCGGAUCGGGCAAGUCGACGGUCGCCAACCUGCUCGACAAGAAGCUGCACGCCGCCGGCCGCCACACCUACAUCCUCGACGGCGACAAUGUCCGCCAUGGGCUGAACAAGGAUCUCGGCUUCAGCCAGGCCGACCGGGUCGAAAACAUCCGCCGCGUCGCCGAGGUGGCGAAGCUGAUGGCAGACGCUGGCCUGAUCGUGCUGGUUUCCUUCAUCUCGCCGUUCCGCGCCGAGCGGCAGAUGGCGCGCGAAUUGAUGGGCGACGGCGAUUUCGCCGAGAUAUUCGUCGAUACGCCGUUCGAGGAGUGCGCCAAGCGCGACCCGAAGGGCCUGUACGCCAAGGCGAUCGCCGGC